AUGCGUGCAUCAAUAUAUGGCUGCUGUAAGCAAAUCUGCAAGCUCAAGCUCCACAGACCACAGGUCCACAGCUACAGAAUUUGUGAUUCUACCAUGCAAUACGCCAGCGCCAAGCUGUUCGUUCUUGUAAUCACAACCAUCCUUACCACCACCGGCGGCUGCAUCCCACAUGAAAGGGCAGGCUUGCUUUCGUUCAAGCAAGGGAUCACCAGCGAUCCUAACAACCUCCUCGGCACAUGGAAAGGCCACAGCUGCUGCCGGUGGAGAGGCAUCAAGUGCAGCAACAGAACUGGCCAUGUCAUCAAGCUUCACCUUCGCAACGAUGCAUACAUCAUCUACAUCGAUGAUGAUUACAACAUCCACAAAUUCGGUUUGUCUGGCAAGAUAAGCCAGUCUUUGCAAUCUUUGGACCAUCUGGAGCAUUUGGACCUUAGCAUGAACAAGUUGGAGGAGCCAAAUUUCCGUUUUCCAGAGUUCCUCUGCUCUUUGAAGAGCCUCAGGUUGGUUGUAAUUGCUGCCAUGAGUACGUGGGCAGAAAAUCGAUCGAAAGUGCGGCACUUGCAAGAUUGGGGAUUCAGUCUAAUAACUAAGCUAGGGACAAUGCCAAUUCGAACUUGAAGGAGGUUUGUUGUUGUGCGCAGCUACGACCAGUCUGACGCUGCUCCAUCUUGCCAUAUCACAACAGAAUGCUUAGGUAUCCGGUUCAGAUUCAGUUUCUUUCCUCCUCACUUUACAAUGGCAUAUGUCUCAAGAUCGAUCAGUAGGCAAUCAGAUAAAGCAUCAAAAACAAGCAGUCUUUCUGUUGGAUUCAGAAGUUAUAGAGCAUGGGAUAGAAUUUUUAACUGUUAAAGGGUGAUAAUUUUUAACUUGCAUGUCGCCCUAACUCUAUUUAUUUGUCUUCACGUGUUUUAUUAUUUAAUUAAUUAUCCGAGUUUCCAUUUUUCUGUCAACGGGUAGCAUCCAUUGAUUUGUAAGCUAAUGUUUUUAACCUCCCUGUCAAUCAUAGUUCUGCUAUUUUUUUUCUUCAAUUUUUUCUGGUCUUCUUUCUCCUUCUGGGGCUGUAACAUAUUAUACAAUUUAAACAUUCACAUUAUUCCUUCGUGUACUGCAGGUUCGUGAGAACUACCAGAAAGACUAGGAAUGAUUCAGAGGCGUAUUUAUUCCAAUAGGCAUCUACAUAUAUACUUCUUCACUUUUCUCGAUAUUUUCAUGUUUAGUUGUGAAUUGUAGUCCCAUUUUAAUACUGGUAUAAUGUAACCACUACAAUUUUUUGUGCCCCCUUA